AUGUCUCUCCCACAAACCUACAAACGGGCAGUUUUCAAAGAGCUGGGUCAUCCAUUGACAGUGGAGGAUGCCCCGCUCAAGCUACCUGGGACCAACGAACUGCUGAUUAAGGUGGAAGCUUGUGGGGUGUGCUACUCGGACAUGUACUCUCAAUACAAUGGCAUCGGCGGCGGCUUUCCCAUUGUACCAGGUCAUGAGAUUAUUGGCAAGGUCAGUGCGGUUGGCAAUCACGUUAGCAAUUGGAGUGUUGGGGAUCGUGUUGGAGCGGGUUGGCACGGUGGUCAUGACGGGACUUGCAAGGCUUGCAAGAAAGGCUGGUUCCAGAUGUGCGACAAUAAUGUGGUCAAUGGGGCGACAAAGGAAGGCGGAUACGCCGAGUACUGUAUUAUUCGCGCCGAAUCAGCUGUCCGGAUUCCGGCCAACGUCGAUGCGGCGACAUAUGCCCCCCUUCUCUGUGCUGGACUGACAGUCUUCAACUCCAUCCGCCACAUGAACAUCAAGGCUGGCGAAACAGUCGCCAUUCAGGGCUUAGGAGGCCUCGGUCAUUUAGCCAUUCAGUAUGCGAAACACAUGAAAUACCGUGUCAUCGCCAUAUCACGCGGUAACCACAAGGAGGGGGCGGCGCGUGAGCUUGGAGUGGAUGAAUUUAUUGACUCUAGUAGAGGCGACGCUGGCGAGCAGCUCGCGGCACUUGGUGGUGCUGCCCUAGCUAUUACCACUGCCUCCACUGAAGAAACUAUCACUCCCUUGCUGAAAGGCCUGGGGAUUCUGGGAAAACUACUUGUGCUCAGCUUUCCCAACAGAAUUACCUUGAAUCCCACAGAUUUGCUCAAGUAUGGCCUCUCAGUGCAUUUCUGGCCCAGUGGCCAUCAUAUUGAUGCUGAGGAGGCUAUUCAAUUCGCCGAGAACAAUAAGAUCAAGAGUGUCAUCGAGAAGUUCCCUCUUUCUCAGGCGCAGCAAGCAUUUGAUUCUAUGCUUGGUGGAAAAGUUCGCUUUCGGGCUGUCAUCACCAUGGACUAA